UUGUUGGGGAAAGUCGAAAGAGGAAAAUGACCUCUAAUCUCGUGAAUCAGGUGAAAAACUCUUUCCUCUCCAAUCACAUCAAAGUAGACGUGGAUUGGCUCACAGGAUGUCUUGAAUGGAUUCAUAAGGAAAAUGCCGCAAUCUCAGCGGAAAAUGCAUACCGGAAAGCUUAUGAACAGUGGCUUCUUGCAGAUGUGGAGGAAGCGAGUGUUACUUGUCUGCCUGAGCGUGUGAGUCAGGAGAAAAAGCCUUUCUCCCUGACCGGAAAGUUUGCUCUACAAAUCAACUUUGUUAUUGAUAUCUCUGAAUCCGUCUAUGAACAGUGGCGUCGCCUUAACGAUAAGAAGUUGGACGAACCAGAAAAUGAAAAUGAGUUCCGGAUGCAAGCGAGUUUGUCCGGCAGAAAUAAGAGGCUUUUGAAACUGGAGCUCACAGACGGAUUACGGACAGUUGAUGCCAUAGAGCAUCGCCCCGUGGCGUGUCUGUCGACGAAAAUUGUGCCCGGUUGCAAAGUUCUCAUCUCAGGACCGAUUCAGUGCUCUAAUGGUGUAAUUCUCCUUACAUCGGCUAACGUGAAGAUCCUCGGCGGGGAAGUUGACACGCUAUUCGUCAGCAAUGCCUAUGAGAAUAUGCUGUUGAAGGCCUUGGGGAAGCCAAUUAAUCUCAAUCCGCGGAGUAAUUACCUGGAAGUAAGCGUUGUGGAGGAAUCACAGGUGACAAAGAGUCAAAAUCAACCAGCUAUCAUGGCAAGCUGUGAACAGCGAAGCGCCGUGGAAGUUCCCACUCCUACCCGGUCAGAUCUCGACCAGAUGAUUGACGAGGAUGACGAACUGCUGAUGGCGAUUGAGCUGGAGACACUGGAGGCCAGUAGAACAGCCGGCGGACGUCCAACGACCCAAGAACUCAGCGAAUUGUCAGCUCCUCCGCCGCCAUCUGCGACAUCUGGAAAUGAUUCCCUGAGUGACUUUGUGGAUGCGUCACUGUUUGAGGAUUUCGAAUCUGCGCCAGAAACGCACCGAAAACCAACAAUUCUCGACACUGACUACAGUUUCAAAAUUCGAGGCCUCAGUCUCGUGACCAUCGAUCAAUUCAAGGCUGCCAUUCAACAGAGUGGCAUCGAGAUAGGCAGCAAAAGCUUUAUUUUCCGCGCGAAAUUCCAUCAAGUGACCGAGAAGCUGUCCGUGGAGAAGAACUUCUGGAACAUAAAAAUCCUGUUGACCGAUCAGUGGUCAAAGGAACAACUCAAAGUGUGCGUCCUUUCGGAGGCGCUGGACAAAUUGUCAGGCUUCACAGCGCGUGAGCUGAGCGAGAUGUACAAGUGCUCCAAGACGCGCCCUCAGGCAAAGGAUGAAAUCAUGCAAGUCUUGAAUACAUUGAAGGAGAAGAUUAAGAAUGUGGACUGCUUUAUACGCAUCAACUACUCACCCGAAUUGCCCUGUCCCACUCUCGUGGACUUUAUCGAUGCCGCACCGGUGCUCAACGACAUCCUGCGCCAGAAGAUCAACACUGAAAUGCUCCAGAAUAAUUAGAAAAAAAACAUAUCAGAGAAUUUAUUUU